AUGAUACAGUCCGCACCUCCCCUGCUAUUGAUGCUCCUUCUAUGUCCUGUGAGCUCAACUUUCCAGCCUGCCCUGGUGUUAGAAUUGGCAAAGAUUCUACUGGAUAACUAUUGCUUUCCUGAAAACCUGGUUGGGAUGCACGAGGCCAUUCAACAAGCCAUAAACAGCGGAGAAAUCCUGAGGAUUUCAGACAGGAAGACUCUAGCCGCUGUGCUUACAGUUGGAGUACAAGGGGCACUGAACGAUCAAAGGUUGGUUGUCUCAUACGAGCCAAAUUUCAUGCCACCAAUGCUACCAUCUCUACCAAAAGAACAGCUGUCCCGGCUGAUAAGAAACUCUGUCAAGCUGGACACUCUUGACAACAAUGUUGGAUAUUUGCGGAUGGAUUGGAUCAUUGGAAAAGAGACAACAGCAAAGCUUGGCUCUCGGCUGAGGGACAACAUCUGGGACAGAGUUGCUGAAACAUCCUCAUUGAUCUUCGACCUCAGGUAUUGCACAGCUGGAGAAUCGUCUGGGGUUCCCAUUAUAAUCUCCUUUUUCUCAGACCCUGAGAUCCUCAUUCAUAUUGACACUGUGUAUGACAGGCCCUCAAAUACCACCAGGGAACUAUGGACAAUGCCAUCAGUAAUGGGUAAAAGGUAUGGAAGGAAGAAAGAUGUAAUCCUUUUGACCAGUAAACGCACAAUCGGUGCUGCUGAGGCAGUGGCAUAUGCGUUAAAAAAUCUCAAGAGGGCCAUUGUUGUCGGGGAGAGGACUGCUGGGGGGUCAGUAAGUGUCCAAAAGAUAAGAAUCGCUCAGACAGAGUUCUACAUAACAGUUCCUGUGGCCAGAUCAAUAAGUCCAAUCACAGGCCAGAGCUGGGAAGUUCGUGGAGUUUCCCCAACUGUCAAAGUCAACGCCAAGGAAGCUGUGGUAAAAGCAAAGUCCCUUCUAGCUAUAAGGAAAGCCAUUCCAAAAGUUGUGCAGAAUAUCUCAGACGUAAUCGGGAGGUUCUACGCUUUCACUGAUAGGGUUCCGAGUCUUCAGCAACGUCUUCAAUUAACAGACUUAUUUUCUGUGGUAUCCAAAGAGGACCUAGCUGCCCGACUCAACGAGGAGCUCCAGAUGGUGUGUGAAGAUCCAAGACUCAACAUCAAAUAUAACCAAGACGAUGCUCCUAUAGAAGAAGAGGACCCUGAACUCUACAAUGGACUCAGUCAUGUAGCGUUAUUGACAGAGCUGGUAGACACAACAUUCAAAGUGGAAAUUCUCUCACAUAACACUGGCUAUCUUUGCUUUGACAAGUUUGUCAAGUCGUCUUCUUCGGGUGAACUAGAAGAGCUCAUGGCUAAAAAGGUAUGGGAACCCCUCAAGGACACUAACAAUCUGAUUAUUGACCUUCGCUUUAACACAGGUGGGUCCUCAACCUCUCUGUCACUAAUACUGUCCUACUUGCAAGACAGAUCUAAGAAACAUCACUUUUUCACGAUAUAUGACAGAAUUCAGAACAUAUCCACAGAAUAUGACUCUUUGCCUCUAAUAACAGGCCCAACCUAUGGCUCCACACGUGGGGUUUAUGUUUUGACCAGCUACCACACAGCAGGUGUUGGCGAAGAGUUUGCCUACCUGAUACAGUCCCUACAUCGUGGCACAGUUGUUGGGGAAAUUACAUCUGGUAACCUGAUGCACUCAAAGACAUUCCCAAUAGAUGGCACAGAUAUAGCCAUCACUAUCCCUUUCAUUAACUUUUUAGACAACAAUGGUGAAUGUUGGCUUGGAGGUGGUGUUGUCCCAGAUGCCAUUGUGCUAGCUGAGGAAGCUGUGGCCAAUGUUUAUGAGAUUGCUGAUUUUCACCAAGGACUCAGGUUCCUCCUAGAGAGAACUGGAGAAAUGUUUGAAAAAUAUUAUGCAAUCCAUGAGGUUGCACUUACUGUCGGCAAAGAACUGUUGAGCAAAUGGGAUGAGGGAUUAUACUGGUCUGUGGUCGACUUUGAAUCUUUGGCCUCUCAGUUGUCGGUCGACAUCCAAGAGACUUCAGGUGAUCACCGCAUUCAUGUUUUUCACUGCAAUGUCGAGCCCGAGGUGCCUCAUAAUGUCCCAAAGAUUCCUACUGCUGAAGAAGUGGGUUACAUGAUUGACGCUUUGUUAAAACUUGAUCUCCUACCAGGUAAUGUUGGCUUUCUAAGGUUUGACAUGAUGGCAGAUGUAGAGGUGGUGAAAGCCAUCGGGCCUCAGCUGAUAAAAUUAGUUUGGAGUAAGAUAGUAAACACAGACGCCCUCAUUAUUGACAUGAGGUACAACACUGGUGGAUAUUCAACAGCAAUUCCUCUCUUGUGCACCUAUUUCUUUGAUGUUGAACCUUUGCAGCAUAUUUACACAGUCUUCGACCGUACCACAAACACCAUGACAGAGGUAAUGACAUUGCCUCAAGUGAUGGGCCAAAGGUAUCCACCGUCCAAGGACGUCUACAUUCUCACCAGUCAUAUGACAGGGUCAGCAGCAGAAGUGUUCAUGCAAGCAAUGAAGGAGCUUAAUAGGGCCACAAUCAUUGGGGAGCCAACGAUUGGAGGGUCUUUAUCAAGUGGAACCUAUCAGAUCGGAGACAGCGUCCUAUACGCUUCCAUCCCUAAUCAGGUUGUGCUAAGUGCGAUUACUGGUAAAAUGUGGAGUACUUCAGGGGUUGAGCCUCAUGUCAUUGUCCAAGCCAAAGACGCCCUUCCUGCAGCUCAAAGAAUGAUAGCAGCAAGACUGCAGAGCAGAGAGCAGAGAAAGUAG